GGAAGGAACAUUGGGACAUAGAGUGUAGCUGCACCACUGAAAAGAAUUCAAAAGAGAGGCUUCCCCCCCGCCCCCAUCACCUCUUCGAAGGAGAACACAGCUUUGUGCUCUGGAAAUACAUGAAAACUGGCAAGCCUCGGACCAAAGACCCCGUUCCUGCCUGAAGCCUUUAAAUGAGCGUCAGCCCCCAGGAGGAAUAGUCGGAACUCACCAGUCAGCCCUGUGGGAAGCAGAGCUCUCCGGCAUGCAGCUGCUCACCUUGCACCUCGCCGCUCUUUAUUUCAUUGUCCACAUCUCCUCUGCAAGCGGGGGAGCCCAUAGACCCUCCCGACAAGUCCUCACUGGAAACCAACCAGGUGUUUGUCGCUAUGGCAGGAGGCUGGAGUGUUGCUACGGCUGGAAGAAAAACAGUAAAGGACAGUGUGAAGCUCAGUGUGACCACGGCUGCAAGCACGGAGAGUGCGUUGGCCCCAACAAAUGCAAGUGUUUCCCAGGGCACAGCGGGAAGACGUGCAAUCAAGAUCUGAACGAGUGCGGCCUGAAACCUCGUCCAUGUGAGCAUCGCUGCAUGAACACCUACGGCAGUUACAAAUGCUACUGCCUCAACGGUUACACCGUAAUGCCUGAUGGAUCGUGCGCAAAUUCCAGGACCUGCUCUGCGGCUCACUGUCAGUACGGCUGUGAGGAAGUUCAGGAGGAGAUUCGCUGCCUCUGCCCGUCUGCAGGGCUGCAGCUGGGACAGGAUCGGAGGACAUGUAUAGAUAUUGAUGAAUGUGUAACGGGGAAUAACCUCUGCCCGUACAACCGGCAAUGUGUGAACACCUUUGGAAGCUACUUCUGCAAAUGCCGGAGUGGCUACGACUUGAAAUACGUUGAGGGCAAAUACGACUGCGUGGACCUUGAUGAGUGUGCAUCCAGCACCCACAAGUGCAGCCACCACGCUGUCUGUGCCAACACUCGAGGAUCCUACAAGUGCAGCUGCAAGUCUGGCUUCAGGGGCAACGGCUUUGAAUGCUCUGCUAAGCCGUUUUAUCAGAGGUCGUGGGAUGGAGACAAAGGCAGCGCAGAUGAGUUCCUCAAUGUCAUCCAGGACUCCCAAGUGAAGCCCGGGAUUCUGGGAGGCACUCUGGACAACGAUGACAUCAAAAACAUAAUCACUGAACCGGUUGCAACGCCGGCUCCCAACAUCCAUCAGCAGCCUUUUGACUAUGAUGGAGAGGUCUACAUUGGCCCCGGGACCGACCAAGGACAGGUGGAUGAAAUUCCUGAGGAAGAAGAAGAGGAGGAGGAGAAGGAAGAAGAGGAAAACAACCAGCUUAAUUCCAGAGGAGACGUUUUCAUAUCAGAGGAGUUUGAAUCCGUGUUUGGCCCUGCCACAGAAGUCAAAGAAUUCCACAUAACACCCGUUCAGGAAGAGUUCAUCAUCGAUUGCAACUUUGAUCAGGGAGCAUGUGAGUGGGUCCAAGACAAGGCUGAUGACAUGGAUUGGAGCGUCGCCUACCAUAACAGUGCAGAAUACUACAUGGCCAUGAGCGGGCUCCUAGGGGAGUCGGAGGAUACGGCCAAGCUGAAGUUGCUUCUCAGUGACAAGGCGCAGCAGGGCAGCUUCUGCCUCACCUUUGACUAUCGCGUGGUGGGCCGUAACGUGGGGACCCUCAGGGUGCUGCUGGGUAACAGCGCUUACCCCGUAUGGGAGCAGAGCCAAAGCAGAGACCAAGGCUGGCAGACGGAGCUGCUCACUGUGGCCUGGAAGGAGGAAGCGCCGCAGUCUGUCGUCUUUGAAGCUCAGCGCGGGAAAGAGGUCGGAGGAGAGAUUGGACUGGACAAUGUUGUGCUGACCUCAGGGCCCUGUCAAGAUGAUGUCAGCCCAUUCGUUUAACAAAGUCCAUCCCCGGAUUUACAGUUUGAGAAAUUAAGACACGUGUUCGUCGGUAUGUUGGUUUGCAGUUACAAACUGUCUUGCGAGACAUUCACAUAUGUACUAUCAGUGCACGUAUGUUUACUUAAUUGCCAUGCGGCCACAUCGGUGUUUUCGGCUUCCCUUUCGAUUUUUGUGAUUUUCAAAGCGGCAUGACCCAGAUCUCAGGAAUAGGUGGAAAUGCUCACUUUGUCUCUUACUUAACGUAGAUGGUACGUGAGGCACAAUAACAGUAUUGUGCCUAGUCCUUUGCUGUGUAUGUGUUUUCAGAAGUUAACAGGAAGUAAUCUAUGACAUGUGAUGUAAAUCAAAUCUAAAAUUCAAUGAUAAAUGAAUAACUUUAUGAAGUCUGGUUAAACGAUAAAAGUAUCAGUAUGUAACUGCUGUAAAUUUUGCUUUAUUAUAUUGUACUAUUACAAUAAAUCUGUUUUUUCUAA